AUGUUUACUCCUUACCAAAAUUCCAUAAACGGACACGAUAACGUAAUCGGUCAUAGCGUAACAGUAAACUUACGACUUUUCCGUACAUAUCAGAACCGCAUUGAACACAAAACUGUAGAAAUACAAAGUGUCUCAGAAAGGUUUACACAGCUUAACCGGGUUUACUUGCAGCAUUCUUUAGGAGUAUAUCUGAGUAUCACCCACUAGUCAGCUUUGAUUGAAGAAAGCUUUCAAUGAGACGAGUGAUCAACUGUUUCAAUUUUGGAGCAGAACUUACCAUGACAACCGACCGUACAACUAGAAGCUUUUAAAAUGGACAUGGUAGACGAGGUAUCACUAAAUAAGGAAAUCGUACUCACCAGCUUCUCCAACAAAUAACUGGCAGGGAAAAUAAACGGUAUAUACAACACCAUGUAGAUCAUGGAAGUCCAAUCCACCCAGGUAUUGGUGGUGUGGUAAUAGUCGACAAUGACAUUGGUGAUGAUCGAGAACUGGAUCCAUUGCACAGCGUUGCAAGCCGAAUACAUGACGAAGAUGCCCAAGACUACCCAUCGCGAUUUGUAUACCUUGAUCUUCUCAACUUCCGGCAGAUGAGCUUUUGACUCCAAGUCAUUGAUGUCCAUUUCGAGGUGUGUCGUACCUUUAAGGUCGGUUC